AUCCAAGUUUGGGCUAAAAGCCAUUACAGAAAGAGAGCAUCAUUUCCUCAGGGAGUACUGUAUGACAAUGAAGCCACUAACAGUAGCCCUAGACAUUCUUCAGGGAGAGGACAACUGUUUCCAUGGUACUCUCUUACCCACGCUGGAGACAUUGGUGUUCAAGACCCUGGAGCUGAAGAGUGGCCUGCAAAUUCUGGUUGACCUUCCAGAGGCAAUUGUUGUGGCAAUUAAAACAAGAUUUGCAGAGGUGCUGGAAAGCGAGAAUGCUAUCUUGGCUGCGGUGAGUCUGCCUAGGUUUAAAUUACGCUGGCUGCGGACACAGGACAAGAAGGAUAAGGCCAAGGCAAGACUUCUGGCAGAAUGCCGCAAAGGUGCUCAAGAUGAAGACCAACAAACGGGUACCACCAGCACAUCAACACACACCAGCUCAACUACAGAGGAUGACUUCUUUGCCUUUGAUGACGAGGAUGACACUUCUGCUACUGCUGAAAGUCAAGUCGCGGAUUACUUUAAAUCAGGAACACAAGGGAUGGACUCUCUUCAUACGUUUCCACUGAUAAAGAAAAUUUCACUCAAAUACAAUGCAGCCACUCCAUCCAGUGCUCCUGUAGAGAGACUGUUUAGCCUAGGGAAGCUCAUCUUUACUCCAAAGAGGAACAGACUCUCUGACCUUAAGUUUGAAAAGCUUCUACUUUUAAGAUACAAUCAGUGGUUUAAUGGCUGAGAUGGUGAGAUGACUGGGUAGGCUGGGUGGAUGAAUGAAUGCAUGGAUGAGUGUUUGGAAGCAGGAUGGAUAG